AUAAAUUGGGAAGUCAGUUCAGUUUUAGCGUCAAGUGAAACCGCAUAGUUUGAUUUUUGUGCCUUUUUUGAAUAAGUUCUUUUGGAAAUAAAACAAGAGUGUAAAAGAAUGACUGAUGCAGAGGGAAAUCGAUCAAAUCAAUAUGAAUUAACACCACCGGAGUUUCUCAAUCAAGAUUUUCUCUUAGAUGUUUUACGAAGCGUGGAAAAUGAUAAGGGUCUUGUGAUAAAAGACCUCAACAUAGCUCCCGGUACUAAACCAGGUGAUCACUUUGCAAGUAUCAUGUUCAAAGCGAGGAUUUCCUAUAGAACAAGAGGUAAAGAUGUAACAUCCAGGUCAUUUGUUAUUAAAACUAAACCCGUUGCGGAGGGAAUGAAGAAGGAAAUGUUCAAGGACUCGCCUAUUUUUGAAAGAGAAAUCGACAUGUACACGAAAAUUCUUCCUGAAAUGACACGAAUUAUGGAAUCCAUUGGAGAUCGUGAACAGAUAGCUCCAAGACUUCUCUAUCAUAGUAAAGACCCCAUGAUUCUCAUUUUUGAAGAUAUAACCAUGUUUGGUUAUGAGAUGUAUACUGAAUUUUUGGAUUUUGAAAAUACCGCCAAAAUUGCAAAGAAAUUGGCAAAAUUCCACGCUCUUUCAUUCUACAUGCACGAUAAUAAAUAUGUUCAUAAUUUUGAUUUCCCCCAAUACAAUGGAAUAAUGUUCACCAAAGACAACAUUGACAAAAUGCAAUUCUUCCUCAGUGGUCUAACUUCGAUGAAGGAAGAAGUUGAGGCGUGGGAAGGAUAUGAGAAGAUAGCUGAAAAAAUUGGUAGCAUCACAGAAAAACAACUGCUCUCAUUACUCGAUAUGUACAAACCAAAUCCUGAACCCGGAUUCAAUGUUCUCUGCCAUUCAGACUUUCACAUUAAGAACAUGAUGUUUAUCAAGAAAAACGCGGAUAUUGAUAAGAUACUCCUACUUGACUUUCAAAUGUGCUUCUGGGGCUCACCAGCUCUAGAUGUGCUCUACCUUCUCUAUGUAAUUGGGAAUGCCUCCGUGCGACAACGACGCGGGGAAAUGGUGAGCAUUUACCAUAACACCUUCACGGACUACCUAAACCAACUGGGGUGCCUAAGGCAGGGUCCAACGUUGCUUGAAUUGAACAUUGAACUCCUAAAGUUGGCUCCAUUUGAGCUCAUCAUGGGCAUAUGGAUGCUGCCAAUUUUCAGUUUGGACCUCAGUCAAUUCGAUGCGGCGGCUAUUGAUAAUCCAACACCUGAAGUACUUGCUAAUAUGCAGAAAAUGAUUUUCAAAAUACCCCCAAUUGUGGAAAUACUCAAAGAAGUUCUUCCGCCACUUUACUACAAAGGAGCCAUGGGAUAAAAUCUGCAAAGGGAGCAAUAAUUUCAAUUUUAAACCUUAAUUUUUGUGUGCUUUUGGUGUUGGAAUAAUAAAUAAAUUAUUUAAUUUUUAAAUUUUUAUUAAA